AUGCUGUCGACGCUCGCUAGGCCGUUGUUUGCGCGUAUUGGCGCACCGCGCGCGUUCUCAAGUACGGCAGUGGCGCAGCUCCUCAAGUCGCAUUCGGGGGCCAAGAAGCGGUUCCGUCUUACUGGCGGUGGUGCCUACAAGCGCGGCCAGGCUGGUAAGCAGCACCUCAACACCGGGUUCUCUGGAGUGCGGAUCGGCCGCCUCGGCAAGACGGCGUACACGACGCCAUCGCAGACCAAGACGAUCCGCCGCCUCCUCGCUGGCCGCAAGUAG